AUGAAUGGCAACGGCCACAUGAACGGAAAGUCGAAUGGAAAGCCUAUUGCUGGCCGCAGAAGACCAAUCAAGCAGAGAAGAAGUAUUGUGGCAUGGACUUUCAAUGUCGUAGCUAGACUCGCGACAUGGGCCGCCAUUCUCACUGUCCUUUUCCGAUGCCCCUCAUCACUUGAGGAGUGUAACGAGACAUCUCCAUCUAUCUGCAAACCUUACUUCCAGAUCAAGAACACCGUGCAACCCCAAGUUCAACCGUACUACGACCAUUACGCAGCACCCUACGUCGAGCUCGCCCGUCCCUACUACGACACUGUUGAUAGCAAGGUCUGGCAGCCCACCCGUGCGUAUGCUGUUCAAUAUGGAGCUCCUUGGGUCGAAAAGGCGCGAGCGCACACUCUGGCUCAAUGGGAGAAGAAUGGACAACCCCAGCUCGUCAAGUACCAGGCUCUUGCACGUACGCAUUAUGACCAGUCUGUUGGACCCCACGUGAACAAAGCUGGGGAGAAGCUUGGUCCAUACUACGACAUCGCUCGUACCAACGGAUUGCAAGUCUACUACGAAUAUCUGCAGCCAGGCUAUGCCUACGUUCACCCGUACGCUGUUCGAGGCUACGAUGCAGCCUCCGACUUCACCAAGACCACUGCGCUCCCUACCGCUUAUUGGACCUACAACAAGACUUAUUCUUUCCUCGACAGCAACGUCUGGCCCCACGUUCGAUCUGUCUAUGCUCAGAGUGUUGAGCCGCAACUCGUUCGCAUUGGUGAGCGCUUAGGACGUUACAAGAACAAGUCCAAGUCUAUCCAGGAGAACUAUGCUGCAAGCUACGUGACCGGAACAGCCGCUUCUUCCUUCCAGAAACCCACUCAGAGCACCACGUCUGUUGCUUCCGUCGAGCCUGUUAAGUCCUCGUCUCAAGCUCCUGUUGCCACAGAGAGCCCCGAGCCUGUUGCUGAGCCUCCUUCUCAGGAGUACAUCAACCCUGUACAGGCCCCUCCUGCCACUGAGAAUGAGAGCGCGAAUCGACGCAAGGCUCGGGAGAUGGUGGCUCAGGACUUGGAGACUUGGCAAACCAAGUUUGCCACACAGGCUGAUGAGGGUGCCACUGAUCUGGAAGAGCGCGUUGGCGAAAUUGCCAAGCGUGUGAUUCAGGAAAAGGUCAACACCAAUGGCAAGAAGCUUUUCAACGAUCUUGAAGCCACAAUUGAUAAGGAACUCAAGAGUCUGCGAAGCAAGAUCUCAACCCUCGCCGGAUCCAAGGAACAAGGUGUAGAUGAAGAGAUUGUUUCCGCUGUGCGAGCUUCUGGCAAGACCAUCAAGCAAAAGGCACAAGCUAUUCGACAGUGGCGCCAAACAUAUGACCAGGAGCUCCAGGAAACUGUUGUCACCGUUGCUGAUGUUCACUUCCAGGUCUUGGACGAGACUAGAAACCUCGCUCUGCAGCAGAUUGGUAUGAGGUGGGCAUGGACUGACGGCAUCACCUACAAGGACUGGGCCAAGUAUCAUGAGCUGAAGGCUACUCUCAACGAGUGGACUGAGCAGCUCAAGCAAUUGGUUGUUACCCACCCUGGCCUUCUCGAGGCUCAGGACGCCGCCGCACGAGUUGAGGACGAAGGCAUGGAAAUAGCCUCUGUCGCUGCCAAGGAAUUGGCCCGACUUAAGGAAGUCGCUCGCUGGAAGGUCACUGCCGGAGACACAUCAGACAACUUUGAUAGCGACGCCAUGAAGCUUGCUGCCGAGCAAGCUAUUGCAGCCAAGGAAGCAGACGAAAAGACUCCUGCCCAGGAAGAUAACGCUGCCUCCAGCCUCUCCGAAGCUGUGGAAGAAGCCACCGCCGAGACUGAAGAGGUCGUCGAGGAAAGCUGGGAGAGCUUCUGGGGCGCAUUGAAUGCCGAGCCUGUCAAGGAGGAGGUCUCCCAAGCUGCCGAAGCUGCUAGCUCGAGCGCCUCGUCCAUCGUUGACGAACCCAAUGUGAUCGAGAAGGCCACCGAGGUCGUAUCAAACAGUGCCGAAUCCAUCGCCAGCGGCGCCUCCAGUGUUGUUUCUGAGGGCGAGAAGAGCGCCAGUAGUGUCGUCCAAAACGCCUCGGAGACUAUUGAGUCUCUAUCUUCAACCGCGUCUGAAUCCGCCACCGCCGUCAGCGAAGAAGCUUCAAGUGAACUCUCGGAAGUAAUUGAUUCAGCCACCAAUGUCGCAGAGUCAGAUGACAGCAUCAGCAAUGGUAGUGAAGAGCCCCUUGCGGCUGAUGGCAAGGAGCCACUCGUCGAGAUUGAGGAGGACCCUGUGAUGCACCGAGACGAGACCCCUCUGUCUGACCAGUAUGAGCAUGUCAAGCCUGCUUUCCUCGGCGCUGCUGCUCAAGAGGUUCCUCACCGACAGAUUGUUCUCGACGACUACGUCGAUACGGAUGCGAUUGCCAGCGCCACCGAUGCUGCUCAGUCCGUGUACUCGAACGCUGUGUCUCGUGCAUCUGAGCAAUAUUCGAGCGCCCUCUCUGUCGUCUCUGCCCAAAUUUACGGAACCCCCAAGCCAGUUCAUGAACAGCUCCUGUCUUCUGUCUCGGAUUCUUACGACAAGGCAGUCUCUGCUGCUGGCGAUCAAUUUGACAAGGCCAAGUCUGCCGCCACAACCGCGGCUUCACAGUUGCCUGCCACUACUACUGUUCCCACCUGGCUCGACUGGGAGCGCAUUGAGUCUAUUGCGUCCCAGAGACUGAAUGAAGGCCGUCUUUGGGCUGAGGUUCAGUACCAGAGUGCUCUCAUCGCUGCAGGACUUGCCACACCUACCCCUUCCUCAGUCCCUGAGAAAUACCUCCAGCAGGCUAAGCUUAACUAUUACGCUGGCCUUGGCAUGGCCCAGGACCGAUACUCUAACUUCCUGGCUGGUGCAUCCUCUGCUCUCUCUUCUUUGACUGCCACCCCUACCCCCACUGACCUUGUUGGGUCUGCGUCUUCUGCUGCUUCUGUGGCUCGCGAGUCGGCUGCUUCAGCUGCUCAAGCUGCUGCUGAUGCGGCUGGAUCUGCCUACUCAGCUGCUGAUGACACUGUCAAGUCUGCAGUCAAGGCUGUAGAUGAUACUGUUUCUUCUGUCGUCGAUGCCGCCAAUGAGCAAAUUUCUAGCGCUGGUCUGGCUAUCGGUGACUCUUGGAACAGCGUUAUCGAGCAAAUUAGUGGCCAGGUCUAUGGCGAGCCAACUCAAAUUGCCUGGUACGAGCAUGUCUGGGAUGACGCUGGCUCCUACGCCUCCAAGGCCACCGGCGCUGCUGCUGAUAAGGCAUCUAUUGCCUCUGAAGCAGCUGCAGCAUCAGCCAUCACCGCUUCCGCCGAGGCCAUGAAGCAGUACGAAGCAGUGAGCGGUCUCGUCUCUGAGCUCAUUAGUGGCAAGGAACCCUCUUUCACUGACAGCGUUCUGUCCCGAUUCCAAGCAGCUUAUGCUACCGCCGCUGCCAAUGCUGAAAGCCUCAGGAGCCAAGCCAACGAAGCUGCCUCAUCUGUUGGCGACCGGGUUGGCAGCGCAGCUAGCGGUGCUACUGAAGCCGUCAAGGAGAACUUCCAGCGAGGCAAGGAUGAGCUGUAA